AUUUAACAUUCCACUCACCACCAGCACCGGCCAUUGUCAUCAUUAUACCACACCAUUCACAGUUGCUAACCCAGUUAUCCCUUCAUUAUGCCCUCUCUAAGCGAAGUCCGCCAGUCCAAUGCGACCCUCGCGACAAGUCGCCCCGAACUGAUCGCCGUCUUCGUUGGCGGCACCAGCGGCAUCGGCGAAGCAACCGCCAAGCAACUGGCCCAAUCGGUGCAGAAACCCACCAUCCACGUCGUGGGACGCAGUGAAGCAUCGGGAUCACGUAUCCUGGAAGAGCUGCGCGCCGCUAACCCAGACGGCAAAUUCCACUUCAUCCAAGCCGACGUCUCGUUACUCCGCAACGUCGACACGGCCUGCGAGCAAAUCAAGGAGAAGGAGAAGUCCAUCGACCUGCUAUUCCUGUCGACGGGCCAUCUCACCAUGUUCAAAAAUGAGACCGAGGAAGGGCUGGACAACAACCACGUCCUGCGCUACUACGGGCGCAUGCGCUUCAUCCACAACCUGCUCCCGCUCCUGGAGAACGCCCGGGGGCCCGCGCGGGUCGUCUCCGUUCUCGCAGCCGGGCAAGAAGGGCAAGUCGACGCCAACAAUCUCGACCUGACCAAAUCGUGGUCCUUCCUGAAGGCGGCGACCUACGCCUCAACGCUCAACUCGCUAGCCCUAGAGCACUUAGCCGCCACGCACCCGUCCAUCAGCUUCGCGCACGUCUUCCCCGGCAUCGUCCGCACCCCGCUUAUGGGCUCCACUUUCGGCCACCUGGCCGGCUCCGUGCUGAACGUGCUCUCCCGGCCCUUGUCCAUGGCGCCCGAGGAGAGCGGCCAGCGCAAUCUGUUCAUCGCCACCUCCGCGGCGUAUCCGGCGGCCAGGCCCAGAGAUCCCUCGUAUGUGGGCACGCCGCUGGGUGAGGGGCUGCGGACGGCCGUGGCGUCCACGGGUAAGGUCGGUGGGGGCUCGUACAUUCUGAACUAUGACGGUAGCAAUACCGCCAAGGAGAAGCUGAUGGCUGGGUAUCGCGAGCAGGGGUUUCCGGCGAAGGUGUGGGAGCACACGCUGGAGACUUUUAGGCGGAUCCUGCGGACGGAGUAGGCAUAUCAUCGGGGUUGGUGUAUGAGUAGAAGCUUGUUAAUGUAAU